AUGAAUUCACCAGAAGAAGUUGGUGCUUAUAUUGGUCGAAUAAAUUAUGUACAAAGUGUACAACAAUCAUUAGAGAAAGAAUCUUCAGUAGUAAUCGAUGAAGGUAUGAUUCAAUGCGGACCAACAAUCACUGUUGCGGAUAAGAGCAGAUUGGUCGAAUUAAUUAAAAAUUAUAGAGAAUGUUUUGCACUAUGUAUGGAAGAGUUGGGUUGUACAGACAUGAUAGCAAUGGAUAUCGAGAAUGACAAUCAGCCUGUCAUAUCAAAACCUUACAAAACAUCAGAAAUAGAACGGGGAAAAAUUGAUGCAAUUGUCAAAGAAUGGAAGAGAUUAGGAAUUGUUACAGAAACAGAUUUGUGUUACGCUUCACCAGUACUACUAGUGUCAAAGAAGGACGAUGAUCAAUUGCAAGGACUAUCAGAAGCUAAAAUAUUUUGUGUUCUAGACUUGGCAUCUGGGUAUCUACAAGUACCAUUGACUGAAGAAGCUAAACGCAAGACUGCAUUCAUAACCCCAANCAGCUAA